GUGACGCCUCAGGGCCUGACGGAGGAGCAAGGUGCAAGGGGGGGCGGGAUACACGAGCGCAACAGAAGGAUACCAGGGCGAGCACGGUCCGCACAGGCCCAACAUGAGCACAUACACUGUGAUGCUGAACGGCCCAGCGCCAUGGGGCUUCAGGCUCCAGGGGGGGAAGGACUUCAACAUGCCGCUCACUAUCUCCAGGAUAACCCCCGGCAGCAAGGCCUCGGGCGGCAGCCUGUCCCAGGGAGACAUCAUCUCAGCCAUCGACGGCGCCAGCACUGACGGCAUGACUCACUUGGAGGCACAAAACAAGAUCAAGGCCGCCACCGCCAGACUCUCGCUCACCAUGCAGAAAUCGAGGCGCCCCGCACCAGUUCCCACAGCCACCCCGAGGAUGGAUUCUCCCAUGCCUGUCAUCCCCCACCAGAAGGUCAUCGCCAACACAGCUGCCAACUUGGAGUACACCCCCAGCUUCAACCCCAUCGCCCUGAAAGACUCUGCCCUGUCCACCCACAAGCCCAUCGAGGUGCGGGGUCCCGGCGGGAAGGCCACCAUCGUCCACGCCCAGUACAACACGCCUAUUAGCAUGUACUCGCAGGACGCCAUCAUGGACGCCAUCGCCGGCCAGUCACAGGCCAAGGGACACGACGGUGAGGAGGCGGGCUCCCCCUUGGCUGGCGUUUUGCCCAUCAAGGACCCCGUUGUGGACUGCGCAUCACCCGUGUACCAGGCAGUGAUCAGGCCAGGCGACAACACCCAGGACUUGUCCGAGUGGGCCCGCCGCGCCGCCAACUUGCAGUCCAAGAGCUUCCGGAUGCUGGCCCACAUCACUGGAACCGAAUAUAUGCAAGACCCAGAUGAGGAAGCUCUGCAGAGGUCGAGAGAAAAGUUUGAGUCGGAGAUGCGAGGUCCUCGCUUCGCCAAGCUGAAGAACUGGCACCACGGACUGUCUGCACAGAUCCUCAACGUCCAGGAGUAAAAAAAAGGAGAGAGGAAGGAAGGAAGAGAAGGGGACAUGGAGCAAUAUAAAAAACACAGAAAGCAAAUAAACACAUGAGGGCAAAUCAGGAAGAGGAGGAAUGUGUGUCGCUUCUAAAUGCAUAGAAUGUGAGAUUUUAGUGUUAGUGUGAGAAUGCUACUCAUGUGUGUUCAUACCAUGUCUGCUGCUACGUUUGGUUCCUCUGGACUACGCCACAGAGAAAUUCACUGUACGGAAAAUGUUCAGGUAGAAGCCCUUUUAGCCUCAGUAAGAAGUUUAGCUGGGUCAAACACACACACACAGAUGUUUCAACAUGCACAAAUACAGUAUGUAAAAUGUAAAAAUGCACUCAAACUAUACUGAUGUCAAUGUGAAUAAAUGUUUUCCUAAAACCACAUGGCUGACUCAUGCGGCAUCCUGAACAAUCAAAGCAACACU